GCUCACAGCAUUGGCAAAGGAUUAUAAACUGCUUUUCGCAAGACGCAGCGGAACAUACGACACUGGUGGAAGAGCUCGGAGUUGUAGGAACACCUCUAAAGGACAACAGUGCUGCAACAACUAGGACCCGAAGCCGAAUUCGACCCGUGGUCAGGCAGUGACGGACGGACACACAGCAUCCAGCCAAUACCUGUCAAAACUGACUUCCUGCCCUGAGGAGUAAAAAGAAGCCAGACAUAACAACGUAGCAGACAACUGCCAGACGACUACCAGGUUCUUCUGUGCUUUUGAGACACCCUCAAAGACCAGCGAGGGACAAGCCGCCCUUGGCUGCCUACCACUCCUCCAGGGCCUGCACCCUCUCAGAGAAGAACCUGUGACGAGCACAAAGCGGCAAGCUGACCCUCCAAGUCUAAACUCUAUGAAACAGUUGAUGCGGUGCCUGGCGGUCGGAAACCAUGACUUAUAGCUGCGUUCCACAACACCAUUCCUCGUCAUCGUUGAAGACCUAAAGUGGGGAGCACACCCGCUGCCAUGUGGCCUGUACAGCUGUGAGAAGCCCCAGAGACACCCCUUUUUUCCUUUGUCUCUUUGCUCGGACCUCCUUGCUCUCUCUCUCUCUCUCUCUCUCUCUCUCUCUUUGUCUCUCUAUCUCCCACAGCUGCUUGUUCCUUUCUUUCAGGUUGAACCAAAAUUCUACCCCAAGCCCUUCUCCUUCUGUUGCAUUUCCAUUUUUUUUCUACUCUUAAGGAAAUCCUCCCCCUAGCGAUCGCUCAUAGCAUGGCCAGCAGGACCUGCCCUCCCAGCGGCACCCCUCUCAGCCUCUCGCUCCUCCUCGCUCUCCCUGUGAUUGCGCUGGUCUCGCUGUGCCUGCCAGGCCUGGCACGUGGCGACUGCUGGCUCAUCGAAGGAGAGAAGGGCUAUGUGUGGUUGGCCAUCUGCAGCCAGAACCAGCCGCCAUACGAGACCUUCCCGCUGCAGAUCAACAACACGGUGCAAGACCUCCGGCUGAACGAGAACAAGCUCAAGGCCAUCUUCUUCAGCUCGCUGAGCCGCUUCGCCAACCUCACCGAACUCAACCUCACCAAAAAUGAGAUCUCCUACAUCGAGGACGGCGCCUUCGCCAGCCAGGCCAAUCUGCAGGUGCUGCAGCUGGGCUACAACAAGCUGACCAACCUGACCGAGGGCGUCCUCCGGGGCCUGGGCCGCAUGAACAGCCUCUUCCUGCAGCACAAUCUCAUAGAGGUCAUCGCCACCAAUGCCUUCUGGGAGUGCCCGAGCCUCAGCAGCCUGGACCUGUCCUCCAACAAGCUGGCUCGGAUCGACCCGAACACCUUCACCAUACUCAACAGGCUCAUUGUAUGCGAGCUGGCCGGGAACCCUUUCCACUGCGGCUGCGAGCUCUACAGCUUCCUCACCUGGCUGGAGGCCUUCAACAACGUCACGCGCACCUAUGACCGGCUGCAGUGCGAGACGCCAAAGGAGCUGUUCACCUACCCUCUGCUGAGCCCCGUGCCGGGGCACGGACGCAACGCACGGACCAUCCUGGGGUCCGCGUGCCGGGACGGGAUGAUUUUCCCAGGGAUACCCUCCCUGCCGCCCGACCUGGACGGGUCCGGGUAUGGGCCCGAUACGGCCCAGUCUGGGCCGUAUCACCAGCCCACCGCCACAUCCACGUCCCACCCAUCCUACAGCAUCAGCCUCAAGCUGCACACAGUGACCCCUCACUCGGCCUCCCUGCUGGUGCAGCUCCCCAGCCCGUUUAAGAAGAUGUAUAUCCUCACACAGUACAACCACACCAGCGUGGCUGACAUCGUGAACCUCAAGCUCAAGAAGGAGGUAGUCACCCUCAACAACCUGACUCCCCACACCAACUACACCUUCUGUGUGGCAUCCAUACGCAACUCCCAGCGCUACAACCACACCUGCGUGGAUUUCACCACGCGCGUCGCCACGCUGGAGGGCGUGGACAGCAGCCGCUCCACCACCACGCACUACAUCAUGACCAUCCUGGGCUGCCUGUUCGGCAUGGUCAUCGUGUUGGGCCUGGUCUACUACUGUCUGCGUCGGCGCCGAAUGAAGGAGGAGAAGGAGAAGUCCAUCAGUGUGAAGAAGACCAUCUUGGAGAUGCGCUACGGACCCGAGGCGGCUGCCGCCGCUGUCAAUGACCCGUCCACACUGCAGAAGCUCCACGAGCAGAGCCACCAUCACCACCAUGGCAAGAUGCCCUCGUCCACCUCCUCCAGCUUGGGUAUGCUGCACGGCUCAGCCAACACCAGCUCCUCUCGCCUCUCCUCCCUCCCCCAGGUGGAGAAGAUGGCCACUGCCUUCUCGGAGGCACUAGCCAGCAGUAAGGGGAACUACAUGGACAUACGCACCUCUGCCGGUGGCGAGGUCUGUGACGGAGGUGUGCCGGGAACUGGCGGGGUCGUCAUGCGGUGUGAGAAUGGACCCAACGGAGGCGAGGACUCCGACGACGACGGCCGAGGCUCCACCUCCGAGAUCUCCACUAUCGCCAAGGAGGUGGACAAAGUCAACCAGAUCAUCAACAACUGCAUCGACGCACUCAAGCUCGACUCAGUGGCAGUGGCAGCUGCUGCCGCGGCGACAGUCACCACGGCAGACAACCUUGUACCCCCUUCACCUGCUUGCAUCACAACUCUGCCCCAGAGGCUCAUCCCCCUGUCUCCUGGCAUCACCGAAUCUUGCCAUGUCCUUGCCUCCCCCAAAAUCGCCCCUCCACCCCAUGUCCCUCUGGUUCUGCCCCUUUCGGAGCGGCCUGGUAUCAGUGGCGGGGGGUUUCUCUCCCCCCCAUACCGGGACCCUCCCCCUGUGACAGCGGCACGGCCCAUGCAAAGGCAGGUGAGUGCCGAUGCUGCCGUGGUCGUAGUGGCUCCCGGGAAGACACGCUGCAGCGUCUCGUCCUCUGGCGGCUCUGUUAAUAGCGCUUGUAUGUACAGCCUUGACGUGCCCGAGCCGAGGAGCCCCAACUUGUGCAAGUACCCAGACAAAGGCAGCCCAGUGAGGUGCGGGGAGGUGCCCUUGGAGAGGCUUCCUCUGGUGGGUGUCCAGGGAAGUGGUGGAGGCGGGGGAGGCAGUGGCACCAGGGGAGGAGGUGGUGGCGGUGGGGGCAGUGGUGGUGGGGGUGGCUGUGGCGGUGUCGGAGGUGGUGGUGGAGGUGUAGGUGGCGGAGGCACUGGGCACCAGCAACAGCACCACCUAGAGGUGCACCCAGACUACCACUGCUCAGAACACCGGCACUCUUUCCCUGCCCUUUACUACGAGGGCGCCACCGACUCCCCCGCCCAAAAGGCCUCCUUCCUCAAGCCCCUCACACACACCAAGAGGGACGCGGCCUACUCCCAGCUCUCGCCCCGGCACCACAACUACUCGGGUUACUCCUCUAGCCCUGAGUACUCCUCCGAAAACACCCUUAGGAUCUGGGAGCGCUUCCGCCCCUACAAGAAGAGCCCAAGAGAGGAGGCCUACAUCGCCGCGGGACACGCCCUGCGGAAGAAAGUCCAGUUCGCCAAGGACGAAGACCUGCACGACAUCCUUGACUACUGGAAGGGUGUGUCUGCCCAGCAGAAACUGUGAAGGGCGUGGGGUUGUCACGUCAACAGCAGCAGCAGUAGCAGUAACCCUAGUAACAGCAGAAGGGGGAAGCAGAAGGGGGCGAUGAUGAUAGAUUUUGUUGAGUGGGAGUGGGGGAGGGACACUCUUGAGAUAGCAGAGCAGACUCCACUGCCAGGUGCUUUGGUCCCUCAAGGCCACCGUAGGAAUGACUGUUGGGAGCAGCCAGGAUCAAGCAGGUGUUUUCUUUCUCAGUUGAGUAGCCUGUGUAUCAUCACCCAACCACAAUUGCACCACAAAUGUGCCGUUUAAACAGCAUUUUAAUUCUACUGAAACUCACUCGAAAUUUGUUUUUUUUCCCACACCCCCCCACCUGUGCUCUUUUCUAUGUGGCAAUUUGACGAGAUAAUGGAGGCAAAUGAAGAGUCAGACCUGUUUGUUUUGUAAAUGCCGUGUUUCCCUCUUCAGGGGGAAGAUAUUAAGUGAUGCUUAUCAAGUUAAUUGUUCUAGACUUUAAUUAGCAAGAAAAAAACAGGUGUGGAUCCAGUAUGCUUAGUGCCGCAGGGCAAAGCCUGGCCAGCCCUGGACCUACACUCAAGCACAGUGUGCUCAUCGAUUCGAAACAGUGCCACAUGUCGCAGACUGUGCGUCGCAAAAUAACCGCUUUUCAUUUCGGUGGCAAGCAUUCGGCAAUGUUUUACAUUUCAUUUACUCGCUUCCUAGAGGCGCGGAGGGGACAUCUGGGUAUUGUGCUAAACUUAUUCCAGCGUGGUUGGCAUUUGCAACACAAUCAAUCCUUGUUUAUUAAUUUGGUGUGUUGCCAUGUCGAGCACAGCACAGUAAUUUGAGAAAUGUUUUGGACUUUAAAAUGAAGUGGGGGGUGG